AUGUUGUUAAAACGUACACUUUUCGCUGCUUUUAUAGCCUUUUCUCUACUCGCGUCAUGUCUCAAUGCAGAACUCGGUGACCAAGCAGUUGUCGAUUUAUCGAAUAAAAUUAAAGGCCAAAUUAAAUUUACGGAAGUGAAAGAAAAAGAAAACACUGCCUAUUAUGCUGGAAAAUUUACGAAAGGCAUCAAUAAAAAGAAUCUCAGGAAAUGGUCUAUCAAAAUUGGAGAUCUUUACGCAAAAUCCUUUUCUGAAUUGAAUAUAGAAAUUGAGGGACAUGGUACCAAAGUUUUUCAAUCCUUUACCGAUUUAAAAUUUGAAGAAAUCAUCGGCACACAACUCUCGGUUUUGUACAAUGGUGAAAUGAUCGAUUAUGGAAUAAUAAAUCGUAUUUGA